AUGACUAAAGAUGAAUUUGAUAACACUAUGAAAUCUAUGGAAGAACUAAUUGCCGAUGGAAACACCGACGAAGAAACAGAAGAUUUUGGCGUUUCUGAUAGAGAUCUGUUUGCAAGUGCUGGUAACAAGAGACAAACAACAAUGGAAAAAGAACGACAAACAAGACAAGCUAAGAAGAAAAAAGAGCGUGAAGCAGAAAGAGAGAAAAUUCUUGAUAAAUACAAUAUCAAGAAAGAAGAUGAGCUUUCCAGUCUCUCUUAUGAUAAAGCAGCAACGACGAGAUUGAAUAAAAACAAAACAGACGAAGAGUGUCAAAUGACGAAUGUAGUAAAUCAAGGCUUCGAUCCAACAAAAAUGGCAACAAAUCUAUUUAGCGACUUGAAGAAAAAACUUAAAUGA